UCAAUGUUAUCUCUGCUGUGUUGACUCUCUGGUGAUAUUAUUUUUACUGUUGCAGUGCCAGAAUAUUUGAUUGUACAGUUAUUUCCAUUGAUAAUGAUAUCUCGAAUUCUAUAUGUGUGUGUGCUGGUUUUUAUAUAGUCAGCACAGGUGUAUGCAAUUCGACUUUUUCAUAAUUCAAAUGAGACAGAAAUCGUUGAAACGAUCUAAGCCAGUGUAUAGUAAAUGGGAAGAUAUGUUUGAGACGGUUCACGUAACGGCAAAUUAGGUUUGUUUUGUGGAAACAUUACGUGUGGGAAAUCUUUUGAAUGAUGUCAUUUAAUAAGUCUGCGGACGAUCGAUCAAUCCAGCAGCCCAAAUCGACGACCAUCGUCAAAUAUGAGAAAUCAUCGUGUCUGUUUUGUAAUGAGUGGUUCGACGCCCAAACUUUUACGGAACACCUCAUACACUGUGGACAGGUGCUAGAGGAGUGCCCGAAUAAUUGCAAUGUGUUCAUACCACGCAUCCGUAUGCGAUCCCAUUUGAAGGAGUGUCCACGUGGAAAGCACCAGCAUAAUAUGCAACGUCUCAGUGUCAGCAUGGAACGUUUGGAUCAACAUACCGAUCACCGUGUCCAGGUUCUGGAACAAGACAUAUCGACUAUACGUUCAGUGCUCAAUGAGGAAAUACGACAGCGUCUGCAUCUUAUCACGGACGUGGGCAACAUACGGAAACACAAUCAGGUGGUCGAGGACCGGACCCGGGAGACGGAUGAGUGUAUCACGGAAUUACGGCAACAGCUCGACGACGAAAGGGUCCAGCGCGGCUUUGCCACAGAGCAAAACCAAGUGGACUUUCAAUAUUGUUGCAGCAUAACGCAGUCGCUGAAGGAACAAGUGGAAAUGAAAAUGACUGAUUUGCAACAGCAUAUUAAUCAGCUGUCUUCGGAUGUGAGCUUCCAUCAGAAUCAGCUGAAUGAUAAUAUUAUGAAAUUGGAGGAAAUUGUUUUUGAAAAUGAGCGAACCAAUCGGAAUAAGUUUAUGCAGAUCGACCAGUUUCUGCAGGAGAUAAAUGAGGAUAUUAAAACUAAAUUGGGAUCUACGGAUUUUUCCACCACGAAGCAAGCCACACUAGACUAUGAAGUUAAGAAUGUUAAGAGCGUCAUGUGCGAAACAGAGGAGCGCUGCGAUAAGCUACAAAGCAUUGUCCAAAACCUUGAUAAGGCACUCCAUCAAACAAUGCAAAGCAUCGCGGACAUCGAAAACCAGCUGGCCAUGCAGCAGCGUAUAGCCAGUGUUCAGAAUAUAAGAGGUCAUUUAAUUUGGCGCAUCAAGGAUUAUUCAAAGAAAUUAGAGGAGGCCAAGCAAUACGAUACUAUUCUGCAUAGUACCAUGUUCUCCAAUAAAGCAUUUGGAUAUGCCUUGCGACUGGAUAUCUAUUUAAAUGGUAAGGGCACUUGGAAAGGACGCAAUUUGAUUGCUUGUUUAAAUGUGCUAUCUGGCGAAUAUGAUCCACUUCUAAAAUGGCCAUGUCGUCUGCAAGCCGAGAUAAUUAUUCGGGAUCAAAGCGAAAUAACGCUGGAGUCACAGGACUAUGUCAAGACGAUCUAUGUGCGAAAGAAGAGCGAUGAUUAUAUACAAACUAAUCAGUAUUUCCAUAUACCACACAAGGUUAUUACCAGUCGUAAUUAUUUACGUAACGAUUCACUGUUUGUCGAAGUGCGAGUUCUCAAAUGAAUAUGGAAUAAUGUUUAGUUUAUACAUUGAGAAACGUAAACCAAAAAGAAUUCAUUAAUAAAAACCAACUUUAGACUAUUA